AGCUUAGUUCAUGUGAUUUGGCUCAUGGUCAUUUUGUGAAACAUGGCUCAUUUUUACUAUUACUUUCUUCUCUGUGGAAAAGUUGAAACUUGGGAUUUUAAUUAUAAGGUCCCAACCCUGGCUAUAGUAAGUUCUGGAAACAUCCGAAAUUGUUAUAUAUAUGGUAGUAGAGACCCACUGGUUUCAGGUUAUAUCUCUAUACACCUUCCAACCCACUUCUUAUCAUUUCUUUAGCUGAAAUCUUUUCCUACAUAUAGUAAUCAAGUUCUAGGUUUUUGUUUGCUUGGGAUGACAAUGGAUGUGCUCAUUCACAAGUUUAUGAACGUUGUUUUCCCUGCUAUACUUUUCAUCCUUCUUUGUAUCACCUUCCCUCCCUAUCUCUUAGUCAAGUUUCUGUACUGUAACCUAGUUAGACCUUUCAUCCUGGAAGAUAUGACCGGGAAGGUUGUUCUAAUUACCGGUGCCUCAUCUGGUAUAGGCGAGCAACUUGUCUAUGAUUAUGCAAGAAGGGGAGCUUGUUUAGUCCUUGUUGCGAGAAGAAUGAAAUUACUUGAAGAAGUCAAGGAGAGGGCGCUUGAACUUGGAUGUCCAGAUGUUUUGGUCGUCUGUGCAGACAUUACUAAAGUCGAAGACUGUAAACAUUUCAUCGAUGAAGCAGUGAAUCACUUCGGACGAUUGGAUCAUCUUGUGAAUAAUGCUGGAAUCAUUAGCCUAUGUCCAUUCGAAGGAGUCUCUAAUAUCCGUAAUGUUGCACCAGUGAUGGAUGUUAACUUCUGGGGUGCAGUUUAUGCUACAUAUGCUGCAAUUCCUCAUCUCAGAAAGAGCAAAGGCAGGAUCGUCGUCAUUGCAUCACCCAUCGUAUGGGUGAUGGGACCAAGACUUAGUUUCUACGCUGCCAGUAAAGCUGCUGUGACAAUCUUCUUUGAAUCCCUCAGAGCUGAACUGGAUCCUGAUGUCUCCGUAUCGAUAGCAUUUCCUGGGGUCAUAAAAACGGAGAUGACCAAAGGCAACCAUUUGGGUAAGGAAGGUGUAAUGGAAGUUGAUGAAGAAAGCAUGACUCUUUUCAUUGGAAACUUCCCGGUGAUUAGCGCGGAAUUAUGCGCAAAGUCGAUCGUUAAGGGAGUAUGCAGAGGAGAUAGAACCAUAGCGGAGCCAUACUGCUUUAAGAUUGCACAUUUCUGGAACGUUCUUUGCCCGGAGAUCACACAUUGGUUUUUCUGGUGGCUAAAUGCUAUCAAGCCGUAUAAGCGCACAUCUGGAUCAACAUAAUUGUCUUGCCAAGAAUAUCACAACAGCCAAACAAAGUUGGUUGGGAUUUUAGCUUGUCAUGAUAUUAUCCUCAACAUAUAUUCUUUGGUUGUUAUCAGCAUUUAUUAGUUUGGUUGUACUUGUAAUAGUCUUUCGACAUCAACUUGGUUGUUG